AUGGAUAGUGACGAGUCCGACUUCUACGGGGAAGAUGAUGGCAUCGUGCCUGAGCUCGAAGAGCGUAUUGCUCGAUUCGACGUCGACGAAUGGGCCGAAGGCUACCGCCUGAACCCAGCCCGUCCGCGCAAAUCCGCAACCCGCGUCGCGGACGGCAGUUCCCAUUUGCACAACCCGUACGCGGGCGUCCCAUACGCAUGGCAGCUUACUGAGUCCUUGGAUGACUUCCUUUCCCGCCUGCCUCCUGCGACGACGUCACAGGCCGACGUGCCCUGGAUCUACAUCUGCAACCCGUAUCUUCCCGGCGUUCCGAAGGCAGAGAGCGACGGGGCUCAGCACACGGGCGAGGGCAACGGGGACGAGGGACCGAUCCAGAGGGAGAGCGACAUCCGGCUUGUAGUUGAGGCUGGCAUGGAACGGCUUCAGAUGGCCAGGUCGUUUCUAGAAGAAUUGUCAACUAUGAACAAGAGCAAGGCGGUCGUCGAGAGGGAGGCUACCAAAGCACGGCAGCACGCUGUCUCUGACAUCUUGGACCUAGCCCAUGCCGCCAAGGUCCGGGCAGGCAAGUGGAUGAUAUUCUGCACGACCCAAGAGGUAAAUGAAGUGUGGGAAAUCGUGGCCAGAGCGACUGCCGCAAAUCAACUGGGUAUCGCUGCAAAGGUAGCCCCGAAGCCAGUCGAGGAGAUUAUACGAAAGGACCGUCUCAUCUGCGUGUACACGUCGGACUUCAAAGAUAAGGCCGAUGUCGGCCGGGUGUUGAAGAAGCUGCGUGAGCUCAAGCUUGUCGAGGCCAAGGGGCGGGCGGUAUAUUACAAGCCCGAUGCAUUUACCUAUAUCGGUAUUGGGUAUGGCAACCCCUGGGGCAUCAAGGCUUCCCUCUACAGCUCGUGGGACAAGUUCCCCAAUUAG